UACUACUCAACAGCGAAUCCGCCUGCAGAGUGUUUAGAGAUCCGAGACUCUCACACGCCGAGCUCAACUCUUCUCCAGCGCGUAUGAACCGAUCUGAAAGCUCUACGCGUUACUUACUGUAAAGACUGGCUUCGAGUCCAUCCGGAAACUUAUCGCCAUCCCUUCCGAUAUCAUUACCGCGGAGCGUUCUGGCACGGAGAUUUAUCAUAUAUAAAAACAUCUGGGAUUUGGAGAUGUGGUGGGUUUUUAAGAAGAUUCCUUCGACUGACGUUUUAACUUCAUCUGGAUCUGAAAGAAAGUUUCACUUCUGAUUUCGUGCCAUUACUCCUAUAAACUUUAUUACGGACUUAAUUGUUGACUUAGUUGUUCAUACACGUUUAAACGUCAAUCAUGAUCGAGAUCGAGGUUCAAGUCUCGGUUUUUCGAUAGUUUCACUUGGUAAUAACGGUGUAGUUUUAACCCAAGGACAUGUAGUUUAUCGCGUGUUAUUAGCUGAGAACUGAGCUAAACUGUGGAAUUAUUUACGAUUUAGUGGAAUUGGCUGAGACGUUUAUAUAAGCCCUAUAUAUUUAUAUAAAAAUUGUAUGUAUUUUUUUAUAAUUAAAACCGUAUUUGAGCGGUUUUUAGCUUGUAAAUUGAUAUAUAAAUAUUAGAAGUUACCCAAAAGCCCUGGAAGUAGAAAGGACAUAAGAAGGGAUUAGGUUAGAUUGUAAAUAACAACCAUUUAAAAAGAGAGAGAGAGCGAAUAUAGCCAUCUCCAGGAUUUCUACAAUGCGGGAUGCGCCUGGGAAUUUCAAUCUUCUACACAGGACUUGCUCUCUAGUGGUGCUGCUAUGUUUGCUUCACAUCUCUGUCACUGUCAUAUACUAUAUGAGAAAUUCAGAUUUAAGGCAAACCUUCGUACAAAAUCAGCAAAGCCCUCAGAUCCACAGGAAACUGGCCGAACAGAGAGUCACUACAGAGGAGUCACCACAGAGACUGCCAUCUGUGUCUAAUGUCACAGAGACUGAGAGAAAGCUGGAAACAUGCCCUGACAAUCCACCUCGAUUGGUGGGUCCGCUUCGGGUUGAGUUUUCUGACCCGGUCACCUUAGACCUGGUGAGGUCAGAGAACCCAGUGUUGCAGCCCGGUGGACGGUUUAAACCCACAGAAUGCAUCGCCCAGCAGAAGGUGGCAAUCAUCAUCCCCUUCAGGCACCGCGAUGAGCACCUGAAGUACUGGCUGUAUUAUCUACAUCCCAUCCUACAGCGCCAGCAACUGGACUAUGGCAUCUAUGUCAUCAAUCAGGACGGCGAGGAUACGUUCAACCGUGCCAAACUCCUCAACAUUGGUUACGCUGAGGCUCUGAAGGAGUAUGACUACGAUUGUUUUGUCUUCAGUGACGUGGACCUCAUUCCAAUGGAUGACCGCAACUUCUACAAGUGCUAUAAUCAGCCCAGGCAUCUGUCUGUGUCUAUGGACAAGUUUGGAUUCAGGUAUUUCUGGUCCUUGUUGACUGUUGUCUCAUGUCGCGGCUUAAUGGUGUAUUUUCAGCCACCAGACAGUAUAUAUUUAUAUUUCUAUGGAUCUGCAUGUUUUCACAGGGUUUCCUCCAAAGGGAUGUCUAUAUCAAGGCCUGACGGGGUCAUUGGAAGAUGUAGGAUGAUCCGCCACGACCGAGACAAACAAAACGACCCCAAUCCACAGAGGUUUGACCGAAUAGCCCACACAAGGGAAACAAUGGCAAGCGAUGGGAUCAGUUCAUUAACAUACAACGUUGUUAACAUUGAGAAAGACCAGCUAUUCACCAAAAUCACAGUGGAUGUGGGAAAACCAUGAUUCCUGCAUAGAGACCAACAUAAAACUGAGUGAAACCGCAGCGCUGGCUGUUGAAAAACCAAAUGUGCCUUGAAAUAUCAAGUCAAAUGGAUAAUUUACAAAGUGGAUUCUAUAUUUUUCAAAAAGGACUUGUAAGUACUUAGAAAUGUUUUGCCAUCUUUGCACAUGUGAUGGUGAAUACAGGGGUCUGGACUCCUUUUGCCCAGUGAAUCAGAACUGUUUGGCUGCUAAAGGAGACACACAAGGGUUUCAGGUUGUCCUCGAGGCGACGGGCCAACCUUGUUCUGUCUCAGACACUUCUGCUGAGGAAAAAGACUAUAUUAUGAGCCAUUCGAUGGAAGCAGCAUAUUAAAAGUGAUCUGAAUUGUUGAUGAAAACGUCCUUGUGGUGGGAAAAUGUAUGUGAGUUGCUGUGUAUGGGAUUAUUUAGUUUGUGUGUUUGAAAGCGAAUAUUUAAAGGAUCGAUUUUGUUAAUCAGCAAGCUAAGCAAUGCAAAAAAUCGGGGCUAUUUACCAAUCAAGGGCUAAUCAUAUACCAGCAAACUGGCAUUUUUGGGCUGUCACAUUUUUGUUUACUUUUAUUACGUAUUGCAUCUCAUUAUCUUGUUGCUGUACGAGGUUAUUUGUACUUUCAGAGCCUUUUAAAUGAUAUCUCUCUUUGUUAGGGGCGAGAUGUCUGAAUGUAUUGGCCUGCAUGGUUUUUAUUCUCAAGUGCUUGAUGCGUAUCGGACCAUUAUUAUGUUUGCUGGAACGCCAAAGUGGCAGUCUUGCAUCUUAAAAGACAUUAAUUUCCUCCCUUCCGUUUGGUGCAUUUAUCUUUGCUGUAUUUGAUUUUUUUUAAUUGCAAAUCUAUCCAGUCAAAUGCAGCAUUAUCAGGUCAAGCUUUUGGAUUUGCUCGGUCCUUUAUUGCAUUGAGAAUUUCUCAGAUCUAUGCUGGUUAUUAAGGGCACAAGAAUAUUCAAGCUCUCUACUGUAAUGAAAACAUGAAGCCAUUGAGAACUUUGCUGAAUUGACCUGUUGAUACUUGUUUGUUUUUUUUGUGCUGGUCUCCUCUUAAAUUCUUUUGAACAAAGAAAACAGGAUUUUUUAUUUUAAAACCUGUCAUUGUGGAAACCAAAAAUGCCUUUCAACUCUGUCAGGGGACGAAAUGCAGACGAAGCAAAUGAAUGUAUGUCAGCUGUUUUGCUCAAGUGCUUUUCAAGAUGGCGACUAACAGCCCGUACACAAUGUACAGAAUGUUUAAGUUAUGCAGCCAAAUUUUUUUCCUCUGUGCCGAGCACCCCAAAAGACCCAUAGAAUUUCUUUCCAGCUUAAAACCUCUCCAAUGCCUUAUAAAAAGUCAUUUGCAUCAGGAAAGAAAACUACCUCUCCUCAUGGCACAGCACUCGCAAGCAGAAGGGAUAAGCGGCUAAUGCUGUCUCUCAAACCAAAUGUUUUGGCAAAUAAUCUUAGCCUUUUUUCCUCUUAGGUCAGUUAAAGCGAGGUUAAAAUCUAUUUAGACAAUGGUCUUUGUUUGAGAGCCAGCAAAUAAUUCAAUUUAUUUUUAAGUUUUCAUUUUCUUUUUUUAAUUCUUUGUUUGAUUUCUCUGUUGUUUUCAACACAACUUCUUUGUUUCCUAUUUUUGAUGUUCCUCUUACUUAAGUGUAAUGCAGUGAACAAUUAACACAAUUUUGGAAUUCUGGAAAUUAAAUAAUUAAAUUGUUUGAUUUAACUCGGCUUUUGGGUCGUGACUUGAAAUAAAAGACAGUAACAUGACGUGUUUGGCCAGAGGCAGACAUCAUUGCCUUUUCAGCAGAAUAUAGCUUAUAGGCUAUUUUCCAUACACACAAACCAGUAAAUCUUACCUAACCACCUAUGUGAUCUUACCUCAGA